AUGAAUGAAGCACAUCCGCAAUUUGAUCCUCCUCAAGCACCCGCAAAACCACUGUCACCUUCCGCUCAACUCGACCUCGCUAUUACACUGAUUCUUAAUGGCUGGCCGGUUCUCAAUCUCGCUGUUCAGUCGUCCUGGGGCGGUCCGAACUCCUCCGAAAAACGCGACUGGCUCUGUGCUGCAGUCGCGGAGCUUUUCUCUUCUCGGCCCGACACAGAUUCUAUAGAUCUUGAAGAAGUGUUGCUGCAGGUUAUGAAUGAUGAAUUCGAUGUAGUUGUGGAUGACGAAAGUGGAGCGGAUAUAGCAGAUCGAAUUAUGGAGGUGAAGGCCGAAAUAGAAAAGGGCGAGCUGGCACGCGUAAACAAAUUGUGGGAGGAGUAUAACGAGAGAGAGAGAAGGGGUGGUGAUAAUCUCUCCCUGUUUAAGGGUGUGGAUGUGAAGGAUGAAGAUCAAGAAACGGACGGGGAUGAAGACGAAGAUGAAAGUGAUGUCGAAAUGGCAGAUGCACCCACUUCAAAGCCACCAAAAGAGCGAGAGUUACCAGAAGUUGAUGAAGAUGGAUUUACAAAAGUCGUAGGGAGAAGAAAAAGAUGA